GUGAAGCAGCCGGUGCGCCACGCGAGCCAUUGAAAAUCGUGGGAACGGCGCGCGCGCCGCCGAUUCCCACGAUCGGCGAGCUCCCUUGGGACGCCCGAACUACAUAACACCCUCCGUGCGCAACCCGGCUCUCAGUCUCGGUCGCGCACGCGGACAGUCCGUGCGGUGCCUGCGCCGUUGAACUUAACCGAUGCCUCGACUGCGGUGAUGAAAACAGUGCCAGCGUAAGGAUGAUGCGGGUUGUGAGGCUGCUGGCAGCGGCGAUGGUGUUGCCGGCGGUCCAGAAUGCGUCAGUCCGCCGCUCACUCAAAGGGAGCCGUCGCCACGUGUCCUGUGACUGGAGCCAAAGCGGCCUGUCCCAGCCACCCGAGCCGGGCGUGCUUCCCGUGUACCUCGAUUCGUGCGACUCCGGGACGGUGCGCUGGAGCUACCCUCGCGGUGCCUUGCGAAUUGUGCUACAGGCGCCACAGGAGUUCCAAGCGUGCUUCCGGGUCGCAGCCGGCAGCUCUGGGGCGCUGGUGUAUGUGGCUCAGGGUGGCCUAGUUCCAGGACCUGGACUACGGGCCAAGUGCGUCCUCUCCAACCGAGGAUCGGCCGUCGUCUACGCGGUCGCCAAGGCUGCCGCUCGGGCUGGAAACAAACUCACCUUAACGUACACCACGAGCCAGCCGGUGGCAUCAUUCGAGAGACUCCAAGGAUGGGAAGACUGCCGGCCAUGCACGGCCACGGAGCUACGUGAAAGUUACUGCCUGAGCGAUUUAGUUGCAGAAGCUACAGUGCGGAAUGCAACACUCCACUCAGACCGGCAGAGCAUCUACUGGUGGCUAUCCGUCACGGAGACCCACCGCGGUCGCAAGCCCGACUACGUCACACGACCUGCGAGGUGCGGCUUUCCUCGUGACACACGGGAGCCUCGUUUAAUUCUUGCCCGGUGGCAUCUGGGUCGCCCAAUUGUCACGUGCGCACCGAAAUUGUCGCAGUGGAAAAGACUCUUGGUGCAAGACAAGGUGCAGUGCAAUUACGAAACUACGCGGCUGGUCACGUGACGAGACGCACCACGCGGACUGUGUGUUCAGG